CACACGUGUGAACGGAGUAAACAAAACGCGCAGGAAAAAGAAAGAAAGAAAUAAUCACGCAAAGAAAGAAAGAGGAGAGAGAAAACGCUCACAAAAAAAAUAGCAGAAAAAUCGAAAUCGAGAAGGAAGGAAGGAAGAAGGAAGAAGGAAGGAAGAAGAACGCAAUCGAAAUCGAUCGAAAUAGGAGAGAGAAACAACAAAAACGAUCGAAAACGAGAAGGAAGAAGGAAGAAGGAAGAAGGACAUUGAAAUCCAAACUGAAGAGAAGGAAGAAGAACGCAAUCCACUCAACAAAAGGAAGAAGAAAAAAAAUGGAAAACCUAAUUAGGAGUGUGAUUCAAUCCACUCAAAGAAUUCAAGUUCCUGUUGAACCAGAUAUUCAAGAUGCAACAAUGGAGGACGUUCUCAACAAUUGCAUCGAAAACAAUGCUUUGGCACAGGAACGUGAAGAAGAGGAGGCAAUGGAAGCUGAAGAACAACAUAUUAUUUCUGAUUCUGAAGAACCGGAUCAAGAUAUUGUUGGAACACUGAUGGGAUACACUGCUGAAACAGUGGAGGAACUUCUAGGUUUCUACGAAAAACAUGCUAGUGAGGUUGGGUUUUCCAUAAGGAAAGGAAACACGAGAUUCAAAGUUGGGACAAGAAUCGUGCUUGAAAAGACAUAUGUUUGUUCAGCAGCAGGAGUAACAAACAAUGGAAAGAACAAAAAGAAAAAAGUGCAAACAGUUGUUCCUGUGGUGCCCAAAAAAGAGAGAAAACCAAGGCAAGUUUCGAUCACGAGAACUCAAUGUAGGGCUUGCUUGAGAGUGAAAAUGAAUUAUGAAGGCAGAUAUGAGGUUGUUAAUCAUGUGAUAAUGCACAACCAUGAUUUAACUAGAAGUCAAUGGCACUACUUGCAUAGAUCUGAAAGGCAAAUAACGGAAGAGAAGAGGGAGGCAAUUGAAACUAUGCAAAAAUCUGGUCUGUCAUCCACGGCUUCCUUUAACUACAUGGCAAUUGAAGCUGGAGGUGAAGAAAAUUUGAGACACUCGAAGAAAGACCAUCUAAAUUAA